GAGCCGCUGAUAACGCAGCUGAUCGGGCGAACUUGGGUGUUGGCUUUAACGUUUCGAUUCGACCAGAGGAAUCCGGGGGCAGAGCAUGGCUAACGAUUGCACCAAGUCCCAGCAGUUUACCAGGAUCACCAGUGACAUGGUCUUCACGCCGCAGUCGUCAUCAAAGGAUGGGGAAACAAAGGUUGAGGCGAUCCCCAGCGAUCCCAAGUGGCGCUCCCCCCAGCUGAUGAUUGUCUUCGAGGACGGUGAUCUGCACUCGGCCCGCCAGCAGUUGCUUAAAUCCCUGCAAAAUCCAUUUGCCGAGGGAACCGUGGCCACCUUGCUGCUCCAGGAGAGCAUAGCCGAUCAGUUCGUGGGUCUGGUGGCCCAAGAUCUGCGAUCGUUGCCGCAGGAGGUGUCCAAGAAUCCCAGUUACAUCAACACGCUGGCCAAGAUCGAGCAGCUGAAGGCCAAGGUGGUCAAGGGAGAAAGCCUCAAGGCUGGGGAAUCGCCCAUCUUGGUCUACGACUGUGUGCACAGCUACCUGGGAACUGGAGCCACAGGAGUGGUCACACUGCAUACUUUCCGGACGGCCAAGGAAGCCGGCGAGUUGGCCAAAAGGGAUCCCCUGCCUUAUGGCCAGGUUAGCCUGUGGAACGAAAAACUGGCCUGCGCCUACGAACUGAUACCACGCCUGCCAUCCGAUGUUGUAGCCAUCAACUGCUUCAGUCCGAACUUAAGCCCUAUUAAGGAUGCCUUCGAGGGCAAUCGCAACGAUGUCCUCCUGGAAAAGAACUACCACUACGAAUCCCUGGUGGUAAGCGGCAAACGAAGGAUCAUCGUAUUUCCCGUGGGCACCAUCUUCGCGAACUAAUUGUGAAGGAGGUCUUAAAUUCGGUGAUCAGGAACCAGUCACAUAGCCAGGUGCUCUUUCACCAAUACUUUAAAAUACCUCUCAUAAGCAUUUUACCUGUAUCUAAAGGCUUUUAACACAGUUCAAUUGGAAUAUUAUGCAUGGUACCUCUACUUUUCGAAUUAUACCGAACAAAUUUCGAUGUAUUUAUAUGGAAACUAUAAAAGUGUAAAGCUGACUAAAAGCCGAAUUGUAUAAAUUAUUAAGCAUAUUGUUUCUAAAACAAAAUAUUAUUUUAUUUGGCUCCUAAAACAUAUGGUAUCCUACAUAUUAUUCCAACUGAGCUGUAGAAGGGUCUAUAGCCAGAACUGUUUUUUAUACUCUGCCAAUAAUUGUCCACUGAAAAACC